GCGGCGGGCGAACGGGGGCCUCGAGCUGCAGCCCGGGCUGGCAGAGCCGGGCGGGGUGACGGUGCUGUGAACGGCCUCUCACCAGCUCUACCUCGCUGGUUCGGAGUCCGACUAACUAGCUUCCGUCAUUCAUCAACACGCGUUCAUUGGGCAUCUCGCGAGCGCCCGGCCACGUGCCGGCGCGGGGAUGCAGCCACCGUGGGGCGGCUGCGGCCCCGGGCACGAACGAAUGCAGAGCUACGAGCCAGCCACGGAAGGGCCGAGGGGAGGCCGAGGCAGGCGCGUUUACGGAGGCUCGGGGUCGUUUUCAGAGAUGUGGACACUUGGGGGGGGACGCCCUCUCAGCUACUCUGGCCGCACUGCGGGAUCUUGGCCCUUGUAGGUACGAAGGCCAACCAGCUAGGGCGGCGGCCAGCGGGGCUGUGCCCACUGCCGCGCAGAGCUGGCGACGGUGGCGGCGGCGGGCCAAGCGGAAGGAAGGCUCCCACACGGCGCGAGGUGCGAGGCGCCCGGGGCGUGCCCGUGCGCCGCCGGGACGUGCAGGGCGGGGCACGCCGGGGGCGGGGCCAGGCGCAGCCCAGCCCUCCGUGCCCGGAACGCGGGAGUGCGGAGCGACAGGACUGUCGGACCUUUGCGCUGCACACAGCGGGCCGGACCGCGAAGAGGAACGCGCCCGGAAGCCGCGGAUUGGCGGCCAGAGAGGCCAUGUCCGCCGCGGGGCUCGGGGUGUUCGCGCGCGCUCUGCGCCCGCAGAGCUGGCUUCUGGGAACUUGGCAGACACAGAUUAGAGACACCCACCAACGAGGUUCAUUGUUGUCCUUCUGGGACCUCAUUCCCAUGAGAGCAGAACCCCAGCGAAAGAAGAAGAAGCUAGAUCCAAAAAAAGACCAAGCAGUAAAGGACCGUUUGAAAAAGAGGAUCCGACGACUGGAAAAGGCUAGCCAGGAGCUAAUUCCCAUUGAAGAUUUUAUUACACCUGUGAGGUUCCUGGAUAAAGCAAGGCAGCGGCCUCAAGUGGAGCUCCCCUUUGAGGAGGAGGAGCGGAGAGCUCUGCUUCUGAAAAAGUGGUCCCUGUACAAGCAGCAGGAGCAUGCGAUGGAGAGGGAGGCCACCAGGUCCAUGCUUGAGGCCCAGCAAGAAGCGCUGCAGGAGCUGCGACUCACGUCCCCAGAGCUCCACGCAGAGGCCACCAAGCGGGACCCCAGUCUCUUCCCUUUUGAGAGGGAAGGGCCAGAUUACACACCACCAGUCUCCAACUACCAGCCGCCUGAAGGCAGGUACCAGGACAUCACCAAGGUGUAUGCACAGGUAGAGUUCAAGAGGUAGAGGAUGCCGCAGGCAGCUGUGCAGAAUGCCCUGCCCUGGAGAGCCAGACCCACCAGGUCUCAGGCCUGCUUAGCACACAGGCAAGCUGUGAAUAAAUGUUUUAUCAAGUGUCUGCCUUA